AUGCCGUCCAAAUAUCUGAAUUUCGCUGCCGUAUACAGGAAAAUGGACGAAAUUGAGACGUUGGAGACUAUUCCUGCUGCGGAUCAAACACUUCUUGGGGAGCGUUUAGCCAUAGCCUGCGUGGCCCAAGAAUCACAGCAACGCAGACGUGAACCACUCGAAAAUCGCGAAUAUUUGGCACAGACUCGACAAAGGAAGGCUCGAAAAAUUUAUCUGGAAGUUCUCGAGAAAGAUCCAUACCUCUUUCUCGCGUUUAUACUCACUUUUUCACCAAGAGUUUGUGAUCGCAUUGACUCGCGGUUUUUCCAACAGCACAGGGAGCGAAAAAUCUUUCUCUCCAAUGAUGCCAACUUGCUACUUUGGCAAAUCGCCAUAAAGCAUGGCAUUGACAGGACCGUCCACUUUCGAAACCUAAUGCGAUCGAUCUUCGAAUCACGCCCACCAGUGACUGGAGCGGAAGCUGAUGGCAAUGAAAAUUGCUCAUUAGAUAUGUGCGACCUUUCGGCAAUCCGAAUCGCUUUCGGAGAUAAGAUAUGUGACGCGAUCGAACGCUCACCCACUCAUCUGUCAAAGAAGUUGACUGGUCACUUUUCCCGAACAACCCAAUGUAUUCAGACGAAAGUUCCCUAUGACGGCUACCAAGAUACUAUCAUUCGCCUUGAUGUUGGCGCUGCACUUGAACUUGCUGAUUUAUUGUUCCCACUCGCAAGCCGAAAAAUCGAAUCUGUCCUCUCGGCUUUACCCCCUUCGGUUCACAAAUUGAGCGGAUCAGAGGGGUCUUUGGGUCCUGGGAAUACUGAUAUGUCUUUCUCUUCAGAGAUUGAUUUUGCGUACUUUACGUUGCGAGGAGCAUCUGUCUCGGCAAUGGUAUCAGUUUUUGGUGCUGAUAUCUGCGAAGGCAUUGAAAACAGUGAAUUGAGAACCUGGGAACGAGAACAGCUACUUGUUGAUACCACUGAUUGCAUCACCAUGCAGAUAUGGAGGGCACAGCCGCAACAUGGAAUCAUUCACUUGCGCAUCGGAUUUUUUGCGGGAGUGAAUUUGGCAAACAAACUCUAUUAUGACGGAUGCCCCUCAGCUACUAUGCGCUGA